AUGAUUAAAGCUUCAGUAACUUCUACUGUAAGAUAUCCUUUAACACCUAAUUUACAUAAUAAUCUUAAUUCAAAUACUGUAAAUUAUCCAUUAAUUAAAUCAUUUAUUAGACAUCAAUCUAAUAAACCAACACUAACUCCUCCUACCACCACUCCCACCACAACAACAAAAGGUGAAAAACAUCCCCCAUUAAAAGGUACUGAAGUCAUUGUUAAAGAUGAAGAACCUAAACUAAGUAUUUGGGAAAAAGUAAAACAUGAAGUCAAUCAUUAUUGGGCUGGUACAAAAUUAUUAGGAUAUGAAAUUAAAGUAUCAACAAAAUUAUUAUUAAAAUUAAUGGCCGGCUAUGAAUUAUCACGUCGUGAAUCAAAUCAAUUACAAAGAACAAUUGUUGAUGUUAUGAGAUUAGUACCAUUUUCAAUGUUUAUUUUAAUUCCAUUUGCUGAAUUAUUAUUACCAAUUGCUUUAAAAUUAUUCCCUAAUUUAUUACCAUCAACUUAUGAAACCAGUAGUGAUAGACNCAUUAAAAUUAUUCCCUAA